UAUUGUGUGCGUUUUGUGUUUCCUAAAUUCAAGGUUGUUAUGGCAACAUGCCUUAUGAUAUUUAAUUUUAACUAUUUUAGUGUUCUGUAAACAUACAUACAAAGGUAUUAUAGUAGAAAUUAGCUUUAAAGCUAUGCCGCUUUUUACGAAGAAAUAUGAAUCAAAGCUAAUACCGCCACGUUCGGCACGCUGUAAUACCGGUUGCCCAGCUAUUAGUGAAGAUUUAGAUGAAUUCAAGAGUAUUUCACUUAAUUUGGGUAGCAAAGAGUUGCGUUUUGCUGACGGAAUUUGGAUACAUUCUACUCGUAAAGCCGAUACCGAUGACGUAGCACGUUUGAAUCGACGCAUAAAAACGCUUGAAGAGGAGAAUAAUAUGUGCAAUUUAAAAAUGGAAAUUUUUUUAGACCUAUUGGCUGAACAAACUACCGAGCUGAACAUUUCUAAAUCAAAAAAUGUAUGAAGAAACAACAUAGACAUAAAAUUUAAUAAAUAUCCUAAGAUUCAACAAUCAUACAUAUACUAUAUGUGAGUUCUGGAGACUUAUUUCAUUAAAGUUUUAAUAUGAGCCACCUCCAUUUUGUUAUUCAUAUGUACUAUACCAAUUAAUUUUCGUAAACAGCUUUAUUUUAUGCUGAAAAAACAGAGUACACAUGUAUAUGUAUGUAUAUAUAAUUGUUGACAAAUUUGAGUUUUUAUUUUA